AUGAGCGACCAAGCCCAGGCGGAGUCGCAUCCCAACGGCCAACCAUCCAACGGCCAACCGUCCAACGACCACACGUCCAACGGCCAGAAGCAGAUCCCUCGCAAACCCGUCGAGACAGAUGCCAAAAACAAGCUGGAGAAUGGCCACAAGCCCCUCAAGCCAUCAGCCAGGAUGGCCACUGGCCUCAAAGACCGCCUGAAGAUCAAGAAAGGCCCCCCCGGAGGCUUCGAUGCCACUCCGCUCCCCGACGCCCCCCAAGGAUUCACCGUGCGGUUUAUUUUCCACGGCGCGACCAACCUGCCCGCGGCGGACAUCGGGACAGCUUCCUCUGAUCCGUUCAUCCAUGCGACGCUCAAGGGCACGCAGCCCAAGAGGCACAAGGAGGACCCGGAUCUAACCUACCGCACUAGGACCAUCAGGCGAAGCACAGAGCCCGAGUGGGAAGAUGAAUGGGUCGUCGCCAAUGUUCCUCCAACUGGAUUCAUCCUCAAAUGCCGCCUUUACGACGAAGACUUCCCAGACUCCGAUGACAGACUCGGAAACGUGACAAUAAAGGUUCCUCAGGUCACAGAGACAGCGCCAGACUUUCAGCCGCCAGGAAGGAACUUUGCUGUCAAGAAGCGCAUGGGCAGCAAGAGGGCGUAUUUUUUCAAGGGCGUCGCAAGCAUGGUACACUCUGAGGUUCACAUGACACCCAUACUUCGCAUCAGCAUGGUGGUGCUUGGAAAAUCAGAUCCGCCUUUCGCCCAGAUGUACACUGUUGGCCCGACGCGGUUUGUGAAGCACUACAGUCCUCUCAUCGGGCGCAUCGCUGGCACAAAAGUCAAUACCAAUGAGGAGGAUGAUGCUCGAGAGGACCAGGGCGAAGAUAAGAAGGGAAAGAAGAAGAGGACGCAAAAAUACGACUUCCAAGCCAACGAGAUGCAACUUGCAGGGCCUGUGCCACCUGUAAUCUAUCAUCGAUUUGUCGAGUUCAGGCCCAUCAUUGCAUCCAUGUUCUUCUCGACUGGUCUGAGGGGCAAGAUUCUCAACACGGCUCUCCACAAGCAGCACAACAGAAUAUACAAUUUCAACCGCUCGACAGAAUAUGGGGAUUUCGAAGCAUGCUCUAAGCAAGCGGCGGUGCAAUUCCUCAAGCUCGCUCAUUUUGACGAAGGCGGCCGAAUAUUCACCUAUGUCUUGACACUGGAUGGCAUGUUCCGGUUCACGGAGACAGGCAAGGAGUUUGGUGUUGACAUGCUGAGCAAGCAUUCUAUGCAUUCUGACGUUGCGACGUACAUUGCUUGCUCUGGCGAGUUCUUUAUUCGACGCCUGAAGCACCCCGUGUCCUCGGACAACCCACACACGAAGGAGAAGACACACCCGUCCGAAGAGAUCAGUGGGGGCCCGCCAAAUGAUGACCCUCCGCACAAUCCUGCAUACUACCAGCUCAUCAUCGACAAUGACUCUGGUACAUACAGACCAGACAAGUCGAUUUUGCCAGACCUCAAGGCUUUCCUCGAGACCAACUUCCCCGAGUUGGGAAUAAUCACAAUGCAUUGGGAAGAUCAAGAGCUGCAAGAUCUCAAAGAGGCCCAGCGGGCGUUCAAGAAGAAGGAGGGCAGGAUGGUCAACAUGGUGAUGAACAUGAGCCAGAGCAGCAUCAGCUCCGCCGAGAGCGAGCUCAACCACCGCGAGGCUGGUUGGGAGCAGGGACAGAAAAGCAAGCGUGAGACGGCGCUAGAAGCUAUAGAGGACCCGUCAAAGAUGAAGGAGGCAGUCAAGACUUUGAUUCCGGGUGUCAAAUGA